AAUAAUUUUAUUUUCAUUGUUAAAUAUUCUCUCUUUCUUUCUUUCUUUCUUUCUUUCUCUCUCUCUCUUUCUUUCUUCGUGUCUUUCUUUCUUCGUGUCUUUCUUGUUCUUCAGUUUGUUCUUACUUGCUCUCUUGUGAAUGAUGCCUGUCCCCCCUCUUGGAGACGCGCACAUCUGAUCGCACCGGCCCUGCGCAGUGUUGCCUCUGUACAGUAUCGUGACGUCGCGCUUUUAAGCUGGAGGAGCGACGCUUUCCGCCCGCCCGCGCGCGUCAAUAGACGUCCAGACGGUUCAUUAAGCGAUAGAGGGGCAUCAGAAGCAGGUACAGUGCCAUGAUAUAUCACAUGACUGUACGGCCACAGCAGCAUCAAAUACGAAGUUAGAUAUGUGCAGCCCGUUGCGGAACUGUAAUGCACUGUACGUACUGUACUGUAGACCAGAGCGCAGUUUAAAAUAUACAUAACUCAGCAAAAGACAACUACACACACACCACUGCUGUUCUGAAAACGGAGCUAAUCAUGAGCUGGUGGAUGUAACCUUGCUCCAUGAGUGCUAUGAAUGAUUCCCUGGACGAGCCACACACCUCUGGCAGCCUCGGGGAGAAUGCGGCCGUAUUUCGGGGAGUGAGAGACAGCGGGAACCUCGAGUCGGCCUUCAUCCCACUACGCUCCCCCUUGCAGCCACCUAAUGCUCCAUACAAUCAGACAACUCCUGCUGUCUCUACGCUCUUCAAGGGGAAUAGGCAAAGUAGAGAGGAGAAGGAAACCCAUGUGAGACCCGUCCCAAACCCCUUCUCAGAGCUGCUGCAAUCCCCUUUCUCUUUAGUGUCUGAGUGUCUGUUACCCUGGACCAAAAACAUUACAACUCAGGUAAUUAAAGUGUACAGUGAAGACAACACCAGCCGUACUGUGGAGGUGCCAACUGACAUCACCGCCCGGGACAUCUGCCAGCAGUUUAUUUUGAAGAAUCACUGUAUUGAUGACCACAGCUGGACUCUGUUUGAGCAGAUGCCUCAUCUGGGCAUCGAGAGAACUAUAGAAGACCAUGAGUUAGUUAUUGAGGUGCAGUCGAGCUGGGGCAUGGACUCAAGCGGCUGCCUAUACUUCAGGAAGAAUCACGCCAAAUACGAGUUCUUCAAAAAGCCCCUUGAUUUUUUCCCAGAGCACAUGGUGUCUAUAUCGAGUGAAACCAACGGAAUCAUGAACCAAUCUCAACUUAUACAGACCUUUCUCAGUUCCAGCUCUUGUCCUGAGAUUCACGGGUUCCUUCAUGCCAAAGAGCAUGGCAGGAAAUCAUGGAAGAAGUUCUACUUUGUGUUAAGAAGAUCAGGAUUGUACUUCUCUAACAAGGGCAUGUCCAAGGAACCCAGGCACCUGCAGUUCAUUGCAGAGUUUAGCGACAGUGAUGUCUACACAUUAUUAUCUGCAAGAAAAGUUUAUGGUGCCCCGACAGAUUAUGGCUUCAGUGUGAAGGCAAGUAAGUCGAAUGCUGCACGUGACCUGAAACUGUUGUGUGCAGAUGACGAGCAAACGAGGACGUGUUGGGUUACAGCCAUGCGCCUCUUUAAGUAUGGCGUGCAGCUUUACCAGAACUUCAGUCAGCCCUAUCAGAAAAGUUCUCCAAUGAGAAGGGUCUCUGAGAACUCUUUGGUGGCGAUGGAUUUCUCAGGGCAUGCGACUCGGGUGAUUGAGAACCCGUCAGAGGCGUUAUCAGUGGCGGUGGAAGAAGGCCUGUCCUGGAGGAGGAAAAGCUAUCACAGACUGAGUUCACAUGGCAGUCCAUCCACAUCUCAGAGCUCUAUGUGUAACAUAGCGAUACAUGUGGCUCAGCCGUGGUUUCACAGCAAACUCUCUCGAGAAGAAGCUCAGAAAUUAAUCGGUCAGCAAGGCCUCAUCGAUGGGGUUUUUCUUGUCAGGGACAGUCAAAGUAACCCGAGGACGUUUGUUCUGUCACUGUGCCAUAUGCAGAAAAUCAAACACUUUCAAAUCGUACCAGUUGAAGAUAACUGCGAGCUCUUCUACAGUCUGGACGAUGGAAACACGCGGUUUACUGACCUGCUUCAACUAGUUGAAUUUUACCAGGUAAACAGAGGUGUUCUGCCCUGCAAGCUGAGACAUCACUGUGCCCGUAUCACCCUCUGAACCACAGCGCGCCCUAGUGGCUGCUACAGGCCUCUGCAAUGCACCGCGCACUCAUGCGCCUUAAACACGCAGGGGACAAUUUGGACAUCAGCUUGUGCCUUGGACAGGAAACCCAGCGACUUUGAACAUUAUAGUUUCUCUGUCCACAUUAAAGACAGAACUUAUAGACAUCAGAUGUGGAUGUUUGCUAAUUUACGGAGGAUUCAUGAAAGACUGGUGCUGUUCGUUGGAUGUGGUUCGAUAUUAGCGUUUCUAAGGAGACAUGGACGUUUUAAGACCGUAUUAUUCAUGGAGGGCUAAACGUUUUGGGGUUUAAUGUAGAUUGGAAUGUAAAAUGUACAUUUUGCAGCUACUAUAUCCUGAUACAAACUGGAUGAGUCAUAUCCACUUUAUUAAGCCAUCAAUAGUAGCUAUUUUUCUUUUUAUGGCUGAUCGUGCAGGUCUCUACAGUGUGAACAAUCGGAAAAACAUGGUCUAGCCAUAAUCAAAACACAAUAUAAGCUGAAACUGAUGCUGUUUUUCCAGGGGUUAUAUUUCUGGAGGACCUGGCAACCCUCCGUUUUUGUGUGUACAGGGUGAAAAUGUAUCCUUUGUAUUCUUUUAAUCAUAUGUCCAAGACAAUUCAGGUACUUUAUGAACAACACGAGAGUUUGUUACAAGAAAUGUUCGGCGAUGAGAAUCUAAAUUCGUGUAUGCUGUAGAUGUCGAUUGUCAUGGGCAACACGUCACUUGCAUCCUGAUAUCAUGAAAAUUACGUGACUGUGGAGACAUUCUUGCGAAAUGAUUUCAACAUGGUUCUUUACAUGUAUCGCCAUAGUUCCAGGUGAAAUGUCCACUGUGUGGCGCUAAAAGCGAGUUAAAUGUUCUCCGAUACAGAUGGGGCUUAAUGUGCUUUAAAUCAACAAAACCGACCGCCCUACCCUAAAUCUUAAACCUAAACCUAACCAAUAGUGUCACAAAAUGUAGACACGAGAUGAAAAUACACAACCACACCAUUUGUGUUGCUUCUAUGACACUUUCGGCUCACGUGUCGACACAUGUGCUCUUCAGGACUCGUACCCCAAUCCUUUGCAUCGCAGUUGAGCUACCGUGUAAAUCAAUCGCACUCGAACAAGCUUACAAAUGCAGUUGUUUAUGUAAAGCAAACGCUAAAAUGUCAAAUGUGUUUAUGAACAGAUAAUCUGCCGUUUUACUUGUGAUGUGUGAAAGGAAAUACAAGUCGUCGUUGUUGUUGUUGUUGCACCUAAGCGUCUAUUUAACCAGGAAACUGCUGCAGUACUUACAACGAGCCACGUUAAAAAUCAUUUCGCAAAAAUUUAGGUAUAGUAACGUGAUUUAACAACACCAGUUUGAAUACUUGACAUUAGCCUCUUCUCUACCACACCUUGGAAUGUAUAAUUUCCUCCCAAUGACAGCGACAUGCAUGUUCCUGCGAUUCAUGUGGUUUACAUUGAACAGCAAAAAUCAUGUCACUUAUUAACGAUUAUAGAUCUCACAAUUGAAACAAAAGUACAUUGAAACUGAUUUUUCAUAGACGCAAUGCAGAAUUCAGAUAAACAGUGUUGCACACAUAAAAUGGUAUGUUUUUAGUAGUACAACGAUCAAAACGGUCGCAGAAAUGUGCUGCAUGUGCAGUUUUUACAGGAGACGAAUCCUUUUUCAGGAUACACACAUGCAUAGUUAAUAUGAAAACUAAUAACCAGCGUUUGUUGUUUUUAUAGCCAAUGUAAUGGUACAAUAAGAAAGAUAAAGAAUAAACCAUUUAUACAACAAAUUACUAAAAAGUCAGAAUUAAUGUCUUGUGCAUUAAGGCAUUUACCAUUAGAAGGGUACAAUUUGGUGUCCCAUGUCUCUCUUUACACUAUUAUAGGACACAAAUCCCAUGUUUUUGUUUUUUUAGUGAGAACUUAUAAGUAGAAACUCUUAUCUAACACAGAAUUGCCCAAACUGUUUCCUACAAAGUGCCGAAAAUCAUUCUUAUGGAGGGCCGUGGGCCGAAAGUAAAUGUUGCAUUAUAUCAAACUGUAUUAUAUUAAAAUAUAAAGGUUGCCCUGGUUCAGUGGAGGAGCCAGGAGUUUUUCACAGGGGUGGCCGGGCAGGGGCCAACGAUCAGUCUGUGGUGGCACAGACAUUUUCAGGCAAUACACGUUAAGUCUUGUGCUCAAAAAUGGCAAUUGCGAGUGGGGUGGCCAGGCUUUAGUCCAAGGUGGCCACCCCUGGCCACCCCAUUCGCAAAAAUUGAGCUGCGUCAAUUGCAUUUUUUUUUUUAAUGUUUUUUUCUUCACCUCUUUUCAUAUGUGGCAAGGCGGGCCAAAUCAAAGUUCAUCACAAGCCAGCUUUGGCCCACGGGCACUAGUUUGGGCAUAUUUUAUCUAACAUAUUAUUAACAUUUAACUGUACAACCUCCAUCCCACCCCACUUUCAAUUUUACACAAACUGUAAUUUUAACUCCAGGAUCAAAUAUAAGAUACAGUUAGAAAACAUAUCAAACUAAUUUUUUCUUAAUAACUUUAAACUAACAUUUUCUCACCAAAAUUAAGUAGUUAAUAAAAUUAAGUAUUUACCAAAGUGUUUAGGUAACAGGGUGGCAAAAUUGCAAACUUUGUUUUAUAUUAUUUCAUUUUAUCUCCUGAGGGUUGGCUGUUUUCUGAAAGUUAAGCAUUUCCAUUCACUGAUCCUUUGCUGAAAAACAACAAAUAGCUUCAUUGACUCUUAUUUUGUACCCUAUUUGUGGAAAAUGCCAUAUCAGAACUGCACAUUUAUCAGUGUCCAAAUGACUGUCACAGGCUGCAAUGUUUUUUUUAAUCAAGAAAGAAAUGUUGCUGUGUUUUCCGAGUCCUCUUUCAUCUUUUCUGUGUAUGUUUCUCAUAGAGUGACUUGUAAAAUGAACACAAUAUAAUCAUAUUGUUUUACAGCUGUGUAUUGAAACAAAAAGGAGACGCAUAAAGCAUUUUUAAAACUUUCACAUGGCCAAGGUCAUAAUUGCACUGUAGUUGGAACACUGGUAACUUUUUAUUUCAAUUGUUUAUGCUUUGAUAAUCUAGUGUGAUAAGAUUUCUGUUUCUCUGACUGUUUUAUUUUCAGUGCAUAUUUUUUUUGUUAUAUUUACUUCUGUUAUUGCUCUCAUAUCCCUUCUAGUCAGACAUAACCCAUAUUUUUCUACAGCUGUCUGAAUGUUGAAGUGCAUGUGAACCAUGCAAAUAACCACGAUUAUGCCCUUUCCGCUUAUUUCUUCAUCAUUUCCACUAUACGGGUCAAUCUCACAAAACAUGUCAAUAACAUGUUCGGGUCGUAUUUUACCCCAAAAUCAUUUCAAAAUUAUAUUUGAUAUUCUAUUUUAAAUUAAGCCAAUUAAACUUACAAUUGCAUUUUUGAACUGUGACAUUAUUUUCCUGAAAGUUAAGCUGUUGAUGAUUCUCAUCGCCGUAAUGCGAAACAAUCUCAUAACUGUAAUAAAGAAAAUAUAAAAUAUUUGUUUAAGAAAAGUAGGUGGUAGUAUUUUUGUACUGCCUUAGUUUUAAUACAAUAAAAAUGUUUUACAGUCAUUUUUACUGUAUUACUAGUAUUGACAAUCUUAAAUAAACUUAGGCUUCAUUUUCCGUAUGCAAAGCAUAAUUCAUUGUUGUCGUUGUUUUGUUUAUGUUUUUUGUUUUUGUGGGGUGAAAUAUGACCCAGACAUGUUUUUGACAGGUUUCAUGAAAUUCACCCAUAGAGAUGAAUGAAUUGUCCGUUGUUUUAACACAUCAGAUGUGUUUCUGAUAGAUACUCUAAUUGUAUAAUUGUGUGGAAACCAUAACAUUUUGUGAGCCACAGUUCAGCUUCAUGCAUAUCUACAUCAUAGAGUAAAAUCAAAAGACCAUACAGCUUCAGAUCAAAUGACUUACUGUGUACUGAAUAUAAGAGUAAAUCCACUCACUAUAUUCAUCUUCAUUUUUUCAUACUAAAUAUAAAAUGUUUUUUGUACUUAUGUUAUUAUUCAGUGUACAUGGAAUCUCACUCUCCCCUUUCAUUUCCUGUAUGUUUUUAUGACACUGACAGCAAAUAAACUUGAAACACCUUGUUCCAUCCAAAAUGACUUCUAUAGUUUUGAAUACGCCACCUGCGACACACAUCUUUGGCCACCAGAUGGCAGUAAAUGAUUGUUAAAUCUGUUCUACGGACCAAGGUGAAGCUGAUCUUCAAUUUAGCUUGGAAGUUUAGCAAGAGUGUGACUAGACUAAUUAUUGGUUAUCCUCUGAAAUAUCUUCUCCUUAAAGGGGAGUUUUUCUGCUUUUAAAAGGUGCAAUUCUAUUUUAAUCAAUCUUUUAAACUCCAUUCAGAUUUGGUGAUGUUGUAGUUGAUACAUUUGUUGUGACUGUUGUGUUUGUUAAAAAGUGGUCUAAAUUUUUUAUUGAAGUAGU